AUGAUGAACCUGGGCGCAUGGAUCCCUGCCACGCCGCUGGCCCAGUGGCUCCUGCUGGUCGGUGCUAUCGCUACGUUGAAUGGACUGCAGAACCUUGUGAACCCUGCGUUUAGCCGCCGUGUGUAUGCGUCGAAGGCAGGCGAGAAGGAGGCCUCGUCGCUGGCCGCGCGCCUGUUUGGCAUCUGGAACCUGACGUCGGCCAUGGUGCGGCUGUACGCUGCGUACCACAUGCACGAGCGCGGUGCAUACAUGCUGUGUCUCGGCACGUUUGUGAUUGCGCAGGUGCACUUUGUGUCGGAGAUGCUGUGCUUCGGCACGCUGGCGCUCGCGCCCGGAUCGAUCAGUCCGAUCGUUGUGUCCAGUAUGUACCGCCGACUCACGCAGCGUGCUCGGCGGCAGCGAUGA